AUGGUUAAGUUGGAUAAGGACAAAGAUCUAAAGAAAGAGUAUCAAAAGGUGUUUGAUAGUUAUGAGUCUGAUCUCAUAAUAGAAGAAGUACCAAGUGAAGAAGUAUCAGGUGUGAGUCCCGUGUACUACAUGCCACACCGUCCAGUAGUGAAGUUGAGCAGUACAAGUACUAAAGUAAGACCAGUUUUUGAUGCCUCUGCCACUGGUUACAAUGGUGUGUCAUUGAAUGACUGUUUGCUGUCUGGCCCAUCGCUCAACCCGGACUUGGUUGAGGUACUCAUCCGCUUCCGUCGUUGGCCCUUUGCCAUAACAGCAGAAAUAACUAAAGCAUUUUUGCAAGUAAGUGUUCAAAAGAAUGACAAAGAUGUUCAUAGAUUUUUGUUACCAAGAGAGGAUGGUACGGUGCGGCACAUGCAAUUCACACGUGUACCCUUUGGUAACACAGCUAGUCCCUUUCUGUUAAAUGCUACUAUCAAACAUCAUUUGGACAAGUAUCCAGAAACAAGUGUAAUACAAGAACUGACGUCUAACAUGUACACAGAUAAUUGGUUAAGUGGUGCAGAUUCAGUUGUAGAGGCAUCUGAAAAAUUCUGUAAAGCACGUAGUAAUUUAGCUGAUGCUAGUAUGGAUCUUACAAAGCUUGUGUCAAAUGGUCUCUUGAUUACAUCCAAGUCCCAUGACCAGUACCUUGUAAGUGGAGAUGAACCUAAUACUGUGUUAGGGCUGAAGUGGUGUAAUUCACAGGAUACAUUCUCUUUUGUUGCCAUUAACCCAGACACCAGUGUUGAAAUAGCCUCUACAAAGCGGAGCAUACUUAGUGUUAUUGCCAAAAUCUUUGACCCUUUAGGAUUAAUUAGCCCCUUUGUCAUGUACGGCAAAAUUCUCUUUCAAGAACUCUGGAAACUAAAUGUAAGUUGGGAUGAAGAGAUGCCUUCAGAUUUGAAGUCAAAGUUUCAGAAAUGGCUUCUUAGUAGUCAAUGCCUCAAAUCAUUUCAUGUAAACAAAUGCUAUUUUCCAGAGCUAUCUUGGGGGGAGCUACGCAAUGUAGAGCUACAUGGGUUUGGUGAUGCAUCAGAGAAGGGCUAUGGAGCAUGUGUAUACUUGCGGGUAACCUUAGAGGACAAUUCAUCUAAGGUAUCGUUAGUAGCUUCCAAGUCAAGAGUCGUUCCCAUAAAGACUGUUACCUUGCCAAGAUUAGAGAUAAUGGGAGCUCUUUUGUGUUCAAGACUGGUGGACUUUGUUAAGACUUCCCUUAAGUUAGAUAGUAACACUCAAGUUGUGUGUUGGACAGAUUCCACUAUUGCCCUGUCAUGGAUACAUGACAUGUUUGGGUUUAGUAUGCUAACAAACACCCCUUGUCAUCAUAAGGAAGGUAGUACCUUAGUCAGUGAUACGAAGGAAACGAGCACCAAAAGUACUGUCUGUCUCAGUGUUCAAGGAGAACCAGAAUCUCCUUUCAUAGACUUAAACAAGUACAGUGAUCUGAGUAAGACUCUAAGGGUUACAGCUUAUGUUUUAAGGUUUAUUAACAACUGUAGAAAUGUGAAGAAUAAGUUGAAAGGCUCCAUCACUACUGAAGAGAUUGAUUUGGCUAAAUUGAAGAUGAUUUAUCUCAUCCAACGAGAAGAAUUCUCUGAUGAAAUAAAGACCCUUAUGAAUAAUAAACCUAUUCCUCAAGUUAAGCAAAUUGGACCCAUUCAUAGACGAUAA